AUGGCGGACUGGGACGCUGACAGCUUCGAGGCGGAGGAGCCGAUUAAAAAGGCGCCAGUGUUGGACAAAUGGGAAGGCGAAGACGAAGAUGAAGAUGUUAAGGACAAUUGGGAUGAUGAAGAAGAAGAGGAGAAAAAAUUAGAGGAGAAGAAAACUGAAGUUAAAGCAUCUGAAAAAAAGAAGUUGAGCGAGAAAAUCAAAGAGAGGGAAAACAGACUAAGAAAAAAGCAACAGGAAGAAGAAGAAGAACUCAGUAAAAGUCAAGCAGAACUUACCCCUGAGGAGUUGAUAGCAGAGAAGUUGAGAGUGCAGAAACUACAAGAAGAGUCCGACCUGGAGCUUGCAAAGGAUGCUUUUGGUGUUAGUACCUCAAACUGUGUUGCUGGCACUGGCAUUGAUGCCAUGUCUCCAUCGUCGAAAGAAGACUUUACAGAAUUUGAAAAACAUCUGAAAGAUAAAAUAAGCCAGUUUGAAAAAUCUGUUCAUUAUUCAAGUUUCCUGGACUCAUUGUUUCGGGAACUCUGUAUUUCAUUGGAAGUAGAAGAUUUGAAAAAAAUCAGUAAUUCUCUGGCAGCUUUACUAAGUGAGAAACAAAAACAAGAAAAACAAAACAAAGGAAAAAAGAAGAAGAAAGGUGUAGUGGCCGGAGGUGGGGGCUUUAAAGCGAAAAUGAAAGAUGACCUUGAUUAUGGAGGCUUUGAUGGUGACUACACUCAAGACUACGAGGACUUCAUGUGA